AUGAAACAACAUCCACUUGUCACAGCAUACAAAAGCAUAGAUGAUUUGCAACUGUUAAAAACCUGGUUCUAUGAUUACAAUGACACAACAGACAAUAGGAAAAAUGCAAUAUUAAAAGUGAAAGGAUUGUUAACAAGAGGGAAACUACCACAUGGAGUUGAAGCAACAUCACUUCUAACAUCCAUAGUCUUGGAUGAUUUGCAUGGAAAUGGCAUUGACUCUUCUGUAUUACAAUUGUCAUACACUAUGGCGUUGGUUAGAUUUGUUAAUGGGUUGUUAGAUCCUUACCAACAGUCAAACUAUGCUAUUCCUAUGCAUCUAUUGGCAAAGCAAUUGAACUUACCUACAUAUUUUGUAGAAUUGCGACAUAUGGGAACUCAUGAAACCUUACCAAGCUUAGAUAUAUUGAGGAGUACUUGUUCAAAAGCAUUGGCUUGGCUUUAUGACAAUUAUUGGUGUCAUGUGGAGGAACCAGCUCAAGCUGUACAAGAUUUUAUGGAGGAACCACUAACUGAUGCCAUUGAAUUUCGGAGCAAUGAUCUAAAGACAAGAAUUGAUGAUUCCCAGAUUUGCAAUAAUUUGAAAAUGUUCAAGCGAAUACGAAAGCAAGAUUUAGACAAGGUCUAUGAGCCGAAUGAUAUUACCAGCAAUUCAGCAAUAGCGUAUCAUAAUUGUGUUAGGGAUAUAGUCAAGUUCGGCGAAGAAGAUUCUGAUUUACUAGUUGAUAUUUUAUUCCUCAAGAAUUUCCUUAUAUACCCUUCAUCAAAACUCAAAGAUAAGAAACUGAAAUUCAACCCAUUGAUUAUAAAAUUGUAUAAACCGUUGUUUGACGCAUUGGGGUUGUCAAUCAUGUUCAAAUGUUUCUCCAAAACUAUAGAAUUGAUUGAGGGGACUCCUUCAGGUUUUGUGGACAAGAAAGUAUAUUGCAAACUUGGUUUUGCAGAAAAAUUUGAAAAUGAUGAACUUUUCCAAGUAAUGGAAUGGAUGUUAUACAUUAUGCAAGACCUUUUGGGAAAAGAGAAUGUUCCUCAGCAAGUUCACAACAAGAAUGACUUGACGAUCUUCUUUCUAGACAAUCUCAAGCUGAUAGAACAAAAAAUACCACAAUCACUUUUAUCCAAUUUUGCAAAAACCUUGCAAGGUCUUUGCGAUGUGGUGAACGAUGAAAUUAAAUCUGAAGUUAAUCCAGAAACUGCGCAAAGGUUGGACUCUUGGAACAAACUGGUUAAUAAUUUACAAAAUACAAAGAAGAUUUUUGAGUUGCCUCCGUCUUUAGACGACUUAUUAGGGCUAUCGCCGUCGCCUGGUCCAAUUCCGGAAACCGCUACCAAUAACCCAAUGAAGCGUGUCUUAGAUGAUAAAGAGGAAAGUAUUACUAAAAAGCAACACUACUCGAGUGAUACUAAGACUUAUUUUUUGAAAGCUCAUAAGAAUUGGAGGCCUGUUCCUUUUGGUACAUGUAUUUAA